GUUUCGGUAACCACCGCUUAAUGACAGAUGUCAGGUCAUGGGUUCUUUUUUGAUUUACGUGUUGCAUAUUUUUUUUUAAAAUAGAGAAAUAGAGGAGGAUUGAAGAAUAUUAGAGAAGGGAGGAGAUAGCCUGUUAAAUAGAGGAUACUCCUCUGAAAUAGAAGAGUUGGUAACCCUAAUUAUAAGGUAGUCGUGGUUAAAAAAUAUUAUGUAGCGACUAUUUGGAAUUUUGAAAAACAGUUUUGUGUGUAUAGCGAAAACAAUUUUUGUCGUGGACUUGUAGACCACACCCGACAGACGGAGGGUUAAAUUUACCUUUCCAUCUCCAUCGCAAAAACGUCUAUGGUUGUUGACACAACAAUCAAAACAUCACGACAUAACCUCAAAAAAUCAAUCGUAAUUUUAAAAUUUCUAAAAAUAUUUAAGCAUGUUACCCGGUAUUGGAAUUUUCGGUACCGGACCGGCGGUAAAAGUAUUAAUUCCAAUUUUGCGUGAAAACGGGUUUAAAAUUGAAGCGAUAUGGAGUAGAACGAUUCAAGAUGCCCAGGAAUUAGCAAAAGAACAAAAUAUCCCUUUUUACACGAAUAAAAUCGACGACGUUCUCCUUCGAAAAGACGUCGUAUUAAUUUUCGUUUUAUGUUCGCCCAAUCUUCAUGCUCAAAUAAGUGUGAAAGCACUUGGAAUUGGUAAACACAUUGUUUGUGAUAAACCUGCCGGAUUGAGUCAAGCGGACGCUUUAAAAAUGGUUAAUGCAAGUCAAUAUUAUCCGGCUUUAAUUUCAAUAAUAAAUCACUCAUUUCGAUUUCUUCCUGCUUUUACGGCAAUGAGAAAACAGGUUGGUGAUGAUUAUCUUGGUUCGUCGAUUAAAUUAAUUGAUGUUCGGAUACAAUGUGGUAGUUUGUAUUCUGAAGCUGAUAAUUUUGAUUGGAGGUGUAAUGAUAUUAUGGGUGGUGGAAUUUUAAAUUUAAUUGGAAGUCAUGUAGUGGAUACUGUUACUUAUAUAACCGGAGCGAAAGCUUUGCGGGUACACGGAGUUGUUAGAACUUUUACAAAAACAACGAAAAGUAUCAAUGGAAUCCGACAGAUUUCAGCGCCAGAUUUUUGCACAUUUCAAAUGGAAUUGGAGGGAGGAAUUUUAGUUACAGCUACAUUAAAUAGUCAAUUAGUAAAUAAUUCCUUUCAUCAAGAUAUUGUUAUAACUGGAAAUGAUGGUUAUUUAACUGUACGUGGUUGUGAAUUAUUUGGUAAAAGAAAUGGCGAUCUUGAAGAAGUAUUAUUAAGUGAAGCCGACAAUAAAGAAUGGGUUGUUUCUAAUAAUUUACCUCGACCGUACAUUUUAGGGUUAUAUAAAAUGAUUGGUGCUUUACGAGAAGCUUUUCUUCCCGUGUCAGAAACAGCAGGUUGGAUAAAAGACCCUGUUUGUUUUGCAGCAGGAUUUGAUGAUGGUUUAUAUGUCCAAGCCGUUUUAAGCGCUAUUAAACAGUCGUCUCAAAUCAAACAAUGGGUUAAAGUUGAUGUUAUGACUGAACAACCCGAUACAAACGCUUUAUUAAGUGCCGCCGUCCGAAGAACUGCUAUUUCUAUCACUUAAAAAGAGUUAAAGUUUUGUUAUUGCCUAUUUUAUUAUAUUAUAAAACGCUAUAUAGUUUAUUUAAGAAUUAAGUUAUAUUCAGUAUUAUCAAAUUGUAAUCUCUUUAAAAAUAUUAAAGCUUUUUUAAAUUGA